GCCCUUGGGUUGCCGCCCUUAACUCUGUCCCCUGCUCGGUCGACUAUAUAAACGGCGAGCGGGCCUUCAGUCGGCACAGCAUUCGAAACAGUCCUAGCGAUCAGACAGUCAGUCGCUCAGGAGGUUCACUCAAGCCGUCACUAUGAAGUUUUCGGUGUCCGCAGUUGUGCUUUUGUGCGCUGGUCUGGCUUCGGCCUCAGUCGCCCCAAUCGCCUCCGUAUCAACCCAGUUCCACGCUCAGGACGAGCUCGGCCAGUACAGCUACGGCUACUCGGGUGGCCCCUCGGCCAAGACUGAGACCAAGACCGCCGACGGCGUCGUCAGGGGAGGAUACUCCUACGUCGACGGACACGGACUCGUGCAGAGCGCCAGCUACGUCGCUGAUCCCCACAACGGAUUCAGGGUAGCCGCCACCAACCUCCCAGUUGCUCCCGCCGCCCCAGUCGCACCCGUCGCUCCAGUUGUUCCAGUCGUCAAGGCCGCCCCCGUCAUCCCAGCCGCCCCUGUCAUCCCAGCCGCCCCCAUCGUGCCAGCUGCCCCAGUCCUCCCCGCCGUCGCUCCCCUGCCAGUGUACAAGGCAGCCACCUACGCUCCCCUUGCCCCAUACGUUGCCGCUCCCGCUCCAGUCAUCUACGCCCAUGGUUACCUGCCAGGAGUUGAGACCCCCGAGGUGUCCCUUGCCAAGGCCGCUCACAUCCAGGCCGUCCAUGACCAGAAGGCUCUGAUCCACUCCUGGAGGAGGAAGAGGAGCGCUCCCCUUGCCUACGCCGCAUACCCAUAUGCCUACUCCGUGCCCAAGGGAUUCGCUUACUCCUCAGUCACCCACCACGGCUACACCCCCGCUCACUACCCAUACGCCGCCGCCUACACCCCAGCUGCCACCUACCCCCUGGCCGCUCCCCUGGCUCUCGCCGCUCCUCACGCUCCCCUGGCUCUGGCUGCCCCACACGCUCCCCUUGACACCCCCGAGGUAGCCGCCGCCAAGGCCGCUCACUUCGCCGCCGUCCACGAGGCCAAGGCCCGCGUCCAUGCCGCCCCAGCCUACCACGCUUACGCCGCCCCCCACGUGUACGCCCCACACGCCGCCCCUCUUCCCCUCCCCGUCACUGACACCCCCGAGGUUGCCCACGCCAAGGCUGCUCACCUCGCCGCCGUCAGCGCCGCCAAAUACUCCGCCUACCACCACUUAGUAGGCGGAAGUGACUCCAUCACCAUGGCCGUGCUAUUCAAGCUUCAAGCGGCAAUCGUUCUGAGCUGCAUUGCUCUGGUGUCGAGCUCAGCGGUGUCCACCCAGUUCCACGCCCAGGAUGGCAUCGGCCAAUACAGCUACGGCUACUCGGGUGGCCCAUCGGCCAAGACCGAAACCAAAACAGCAGACGGCGUGGUACGAGGCCAGUACUCAUACGUGGACGCACACGGCAUCGUGCAGACGGCCGUCUACGUGGCCGAUCCCGUGCACGGGUUCCGUGUCGCAGCCACCAACGACCCGGCCAUCGGUGCAGCAGCCGUCCAUCACGGCCCGGUCGUUGCGACACACGUCCCUGUCGCAGCCGCUCACCAUCAUGGUCCCAUUCCCGGCGUUCAUCUGCCUCCUGGAGUCGACACACCUGAGGUUCAAGUAGCCAAGUCAGCCCACUUCCAAGCCGUAGCCGAGGCGAAGGCAAGGAACGCUCAUGCGUCCUACGGUGCCUACUACCCAGCGGGAGCAACCUACGUGCCGUAUGCGGCAGCCCACUCGCACCCCGGCUACUACACCCAGGUCAAGGACACACCAGAGGUCGCCGCUGCCAAGUCAGCACAUUUCGCUGCUGUUCACGAGGCCAAGGCUAGAGCUCAUGCUACCAUCCCCUACCAGGAUUACUACAACAACUACGCCGGUGGCUACUACUCGUACUACGUGCCAGUGCCCGUGAAGGACACCCCCGAAGUGGCGGCUGCCAAGGCUGCUCACUACGCUGCCGUCCACGAGGCCAAGGCCAGAAACCAUCACGCCGCCCUCUACGAUGCUCAUGCCUACACCCAUGCUCCAGCUGCUCACUACCCAUAUGCCGCCAGCUAUGCUGCCGCUUAUGCACCACUGCCUGUCAAGGAUACUCCUGAGGUGGCAGCCGCUAAAGUAGCCCAUUUCGCAGCUGUUCACGAAGCCAAGACCCGCACCCUGCACGCGGGGGGUGCCUACUACCCUUACGCGGCGGCUCACAGCUACUACGCACCUCACCCCGUGGCUGACACCCCCGAAGUGGCGGCUGCCAAGGCUGCUCACUACGCGGCCGUCCACGAGGCCAAGGCCAGGAACCAUCACGCCGCCCACUACGAUGCACAUGCCCAGGCGCACGGCCACUACAGCUAUGUGCCACUGCCGGUCACCGACACCCCAGAGGUGGCUCACGCCAAGGCGGCUCACUUGGCGGCUGUCCAUCAUGCCAAGGCCACUCAUUGGUGGUGAUUGCACAUCAACGACUCAUUCUGUAACAGAUGUGGAUGAUUUGUAUCAAUGUUUUCACACAUAUCAUUUCUGAAUGUGUCCAGGAGAAUGAUUUAUAAUAUCAGUACAGUACAUGAAUGUAAUAUAUAUAGGUUAGAAUCAUCUGCAAAAAUUUUGAUGAAUUGGAAUCUAAUGUUCCUUGGUUAGAAUCUAUUAUUCACGAAGUAUUCAAAUAGAAUGAUAUAGGAAACACAUCUCGAACCUCUAAUCCAGCUUAUUUCCUGUUAGAUUGAGCUACAAAGAGAUUGUUUCCUCCUACAUUCGAUAGUAUCAAUAUUAGGACAAUAUUUCAGUUACAUAAUGAUCUCACUUGACUGUACUCGAGAGUCCCUUGAAUCUUGGAACAAAUGAUGUUCCACAUGAAUCACUCGAAUUUGUUAAUUUCAAAUUCAAUAGUGGUGACAUUUAGAUGUCUUGAGGCUACUUCACUCGAGUUAUAUAAGACCUGAAGUGCUAUUCUAUCGGGAUGAGGCUUGAAGAAGUUAUGACUCUUAAGUAUUGCGUCAUUUCAAAUAAUCCUCCAAUAUAACUGUGGAAAAGGUUCAUUAUCAUUCUACAUCUUAUCCACAUCUGUUAUUGGAAGAUAACCAGAUAAAAGCUUUAAAAUCAAACUUAGGAUUUCACGAAACUAUGGAUAUUGUGAUUAUAGAUUGAUAGUUGAUCUAUUUUAUUGUGAAUAUCAAGUCUACUCAAAUAGAAGUUAUGAUAAAGAUUUAUUGUUUGUUUUAAUUUAUUGGUAGUCUAUAUUCUGUGGAUAGAUACUGUUCUGGAGUUCUAUCUCUAUUGCCAAAACUGUUAAUACAAGAACAUAAUUUUCAUUGAAUUUUCCAAAGCAUUCGUAGAGCAGUAAACAUAUAUGUUUUGAAUGAUUUUUGUAAAAAAUAAAUCAAUGAAAGCAA